CUGAGGUCGGGGACCUGUAGGGGAACACCUGGGUGUUCAAGGUUUGGGAGCCCGAGGGACAGGAUUAUCCCGAAAACGGGACUGCGGGACCUGCUCCCUGCGGCCCACCUGACUUCGCUGUAUUAGGCAGCUUGAGUUUGUUGCCACCUGGGCUGUGCUGGAAGUAGCUUUGAGACUGGACGGUGGGGGCGCGGGCAGUGUGGCGCGGUAAGACGCGGGGACCCCGAGCCGGUAACUCCGAGAAGGGCUCUUGUCUCGGCUCCCCCUCGGUUUCCCCAUUUCCAGCAGUGGUCAUGGUCAGGCGUUGUGCCGUGAGCCUGAAGCACAGGGAUUCUUUUAAUCUUCGCAGUCACUAUGUUUCAGUAAUCCUGGGAAGUGGGAAUUGUGGUAGGCGGGGAAACUGACGCUCAGAAGGAGGAGGUCAUCUUGGGCUGGGGCAGAGCUGAUGGGAUGCCAGGCCUGGCAUGGGAAGGGCAGUGGGAAGGGCACAGAACCCAGACAAAAAAAGAUAAUAGUAAAGCGAUGUAGAAUGUCUGAUGGCAUAAGCGUUAUUAAAAUAGAACAAAACAGAAGCUAUGGCUAUCAGGAAUGGGAGAGGUGAGGGAGAGCCAUGCGGACAGGCGAGGGAACAGCAAUUGAGACAAAAGAAAUAGCUUUGAAAAGUCCCCGAGGGUGGAAGCCUUGUCUGGCAUGUUCAGGGAACAGCAGGGGGGCCAGUGUGGUUGCAGCAGGGUGACUGAGGUGGCGAGUGUGAGAAGAGGGAGGCAAAUAUGUGAUGGGGUAGGGGACAGAUCUCGCGGGCCCAGGUGAGGACUCUGGCUUUUGCUCUAAGGGAAAAGGGAGCCAAGGGAGGGUUUUGAACUGAGGAGUGAGUUAAUAAAGGUGCCCCCCAAAUGCCAAAAAAAAACUGUGGGUAGAAAAAUGACCUGAAAAGGGCCUGACCACCAGUGAUGGUGGGGGGAAGGGCUAGGCCUGUGUACGCCAGGCUGGGGAGUGCAGACACUGCCCCUGGCAUGGGGGACUCAGGAAGGGUUCUAAGCAGGGAAAGAUUAGGUCAGAUUUGGUUUUAGGAAGAGUCCCCUGGCCACCUAGGGAGGGUGGAUCAGAAGGGGAGACAGGCAGGGAGCUCAGGGAGAGGAAAGGUCAGGACCAGAGUGGGCAAGGUAGGGAGGGAGUGUGUGGGAGAGGGACUCAGGAAGCCAAGGGGACAGGCCAUGGGGUUGGUGGGCUGGGGUGCAAGAAGAAGAGUGCUGUCUCUGGCAGGGUGCAGGGAGGGACUGGGGGACAGUGGAGCCACCCUUGAGGGGGCGGUUCAGGUUUAGAGAGACACUGAGGCCAGAGUGGGACCCAGUGAGUAGAAAGAACCUGGGGGAUGUCCAAGGAGCGGUGUCCAGGAGGCCAUGGGAUCCCCAAGUCUGGGCUUCAGGAGAGAAGCUGGGCCUGAGGACAGAGCUGUGGACACUAUCCAUACCCUUGGCACCUGCCCAGGGCUCCUUGCUACAAUCUCAGUGGUCCCCGAUCCCCCACCCUCACCCUGUCUCUCCUCUGAGCCAUGUUGGGAAUCCCUGUGUCUCCUGGUCUCCUCAAGAAGUCCCAGGACUGGCAAGGCAUGUCCCCAAGUACCCCUCCAGGCUCUGACCAGUGGGGCCAGAGCUCCUACCCGUCGGAAGGAGCGAGCAAAUGUGAGAGGACGACAUCCAUAACAUCAUCACUUCCUGAAGUUCUGUGUUGAAGGGGGGCAAACCCACGGGCUGACAGGGCCAGUGCAGGAAGGUGAGCCUAGACCUCAUUUCUGAGAAGGAAAAAGCCAAAAAAGGAUAUUUUAGGGAAAUCUCCCAAUUUUUAAAUGUUGUCAGCUCAUUCAGAUUUAAUUCAGAUUUAAAAUAACACCACUGCCUCCGCCAAACAAAGCAGGCCUGGGGGGCAGAUUCUGUCCCCAGUUGGAGCCUCUGCCUUAUAACUUCAGCUUUGGAGCCAGACAACCAGGGUUCAAAUCCUCAGCUCAGCAAUUUCUUCACUGUGUCACUUUGGGCAAGUAGCCUAACAUCUCUGUACCUCAGUUUCAUCAUCUGUAAAAUGGGAAUAAAAAUCAUAAUCUACUUCCAAGGGUUAUUGUGAGACUUCAGUGGGUUAAUACGUGUGGUGUGCUUGGAACAAUGCCUGGCAUGUAGUAAGCACUGUGUACAUCACUUACCAUUUCUCCAUCCUGUUAAGAGGUUCAUAUAUGACGUGAGCUUAUUUAAACCUUGCAUCGGUCCUAGCAGGUAGGUAUCAUUGGGAGACCCAUUUUCAAGAUGAGGAAACAGGCUCGGUAAGGUAAGGUAUUUGCUUUGGUGGUCAUGUGGGACAGCCUUGGAACUCAGCUCGUGCUUGUCACUUCCGUGUCUCUACCUGCUGCACCCUGUCAGCGUGCCUGAACCUGGCCACAGGGUUGGCCAGGGUGGAGGAUAUGCAUGCCCUGGGGCCUGGGACUAACUCCUGCUUGGCACCCUCCUCACCUAGAGUUGGAGAUGGCCAAGGCCCGGAACCAACUGGAUGCCGUUCUACAGUGUCUGCUGGAGAAGAGUCACAUGGACAGGGAGCGUCUGGAUGAAGAAGCCGGGAAAACCCCCUCAGACACCCACAAUAAGGAUUGCUCCAUCGCAGCCACUGGCAAAAGGCCAUCUGCCCGCUUCCCCCACCAGCGGAGGAAGAAGAGGAGGGAGAUGGAUGAUGGGCUGGCCGAGGGCGGGCCACAGAGAUCCAACACAUAUGUGAUCAAGCUGUUUGACCGGAGCGUGGACUUGGCCCAGUUCAGCGAGAACACACCACUGUAUCCGAUCUGCCGCGCCUGGAUGCGCAACAGCCCCACAGUGCGCGAGCGUGAAUGCUCACCCGGCUCACCACUGCCCCCACUGCCUGAGGAUGAGGAGGGUUCAGAGGUCACCAACAGCAAGAGUCGUGAUGUGUACAAGCUGCCUCCGCCCACAGCCCCCGGGCCAGCUGGAGAUGCCUGCAGAUCCCGCAUUCCAUCCCCGCUACAGCCUGAGACCCACAGCACCCCUGAUGAUGAGCCCUCCGAGCCCGAGCCUUCAGCCUCCACACUCAUCUAUCGAAACAUGCAGCGUUGGAAACGCAUCCGCCAGAGGUGGAAGGAGGCAUCUCAUCGGAACCAGCUUCGUUACUCAGAAAGCAUGAAGAUUCUCCGGGAGAUGUACGAGCGACAGUGAUGCUCCAGGUCCCCCCACCCCAAUAAACAUCCCCUGACUCCACA